AUGGCACACGGACCAUAUGAAAAGCCCAUUCGGCCAUCGACUAAACAGAAUGUGGCCCGUCUAUUGAAAACCGACGUUGCGAAGUUUGUAAGAAAGUUCGAGAAACUAGUGCGACGAGAACUAUGGACCAAGGAGGACCCCGGCCGCCAGGUAGACUGGAAUGAUCCCCUAGUCUGGGAGAAGAUCAAUAACGAGGGGUUCUAUCAUCGGGCUGACGAGAUGCUGGUCAGUUGUGGAACGGUGACAGUAGAUCAGGCAGACUCGCCGCGCCCAAAGGUAUUGGUAGUCUUCAACAAGAACAUUGGCAUAUUCCAAUUACCCAAGGGACGUAAGAACUUUGACGAGAGACACCUGGACACGGCUCUACGCGAGACCACGGAAGAGGCCGGAGUUGCCGUUCAACCCCUGAGGCUCAGAUUCGGGUCCAGAUCCACGCCACCGAAGCCGGUCCAGGCCCAGAAUCAGGCCAGAGAAACCAGGUACGGCGUCGAGGACAAAGUCACAGGUAUCACAGAGGGGUUUAGUAGCGAGAGUAUCGGCUACGUCCUAGAAUUCACCUUUUCAUUUUCUUUCAAUCCCCAUCAUAGUCUAGGAGGAUUGAUUCUAAUACUAAACCCGUCAGAUCCGGACCCUGCUACUGGUGCCUGGAGGCACAUCUACUGGUUUGCGGCCAAGCCUCUGGGAGAUAUCAAGCGCGACGAGGCUCGGAUGACUGAGGAAGAGGACCGAAAGAAGUUUUCAACCUUCUGGUUCUCUGAAAUGGAAGCUCUGUCUCGACUCAAGCUUGAAGACGAGAAGUUUAUGGUCCGAAUCGUGUUCGCGUACAUCCGAAGCAUGUCAGACAACGACUGGACGAACAGCCGAGAACAUGAAUGA